CCGUACACCUCCAGGUUCGGCCCCGCCAAAACAUGUUUCGGGGCCUAAAAAUCGUACGACAUGGCGAUCGUUCCCCUGUGGCGGUUGAAGGGUACUCUAGCGUGCUUGCGACUGGGUUCUCGCUCCGUCCGUGGAUUCUUCGUCAGUCGUUGCUUCCUCUUUGUAUUCGUAGGACUAAUGGGCGUGAGAAGCUCGAUGGGGCAGGGAUUGGUGAAGGAGGGAGUUGGGUAGAGGGCCACUUCGCGCGUGAAUGUCCUAGUAAGGCGGGAGGGAAUGCGGUUAAUAAUGGGGGUCAAUCCUCCUUUUCAGCCCCAUCUACCCCACGCUUCUGGACUCCUCGUAGGAAUCCUGUGGAAGAUGAGGAAAAGGGAUUUCUUAGGGAACUCAUCACUGAGAGGAAGGAGGAAAAAGCGCGCAAGAGGGAGCUCAAGGAGCAAAAGAGAUUUGAUGAGCGUUUGAGGGUUGAGUUGGCCAAGUAUGCUGAGGCUACUAAGGCGGAUGUUAUGGCAGCAGUUGGUAGACAAUAUCUCGGUCAGAAGGAGGAAGUUAGGAGGGAGGAGGUGAGGAGGGAGGAGCAACGCAGAGGGUGGUCUCCCCCGCCAAGACGUAGACGAGAGUUCGUUGAGAGAGAUGAGGGCGAUAUGGAGGUUGAUGACCUGGAUGAGGAGAUCCGCCGGCUUUCUGCGCUACGGGAGAAGAGGAGAAAGGGGAAGGAGCCUAAUUGGCUGGGAGGUAACUUUCGACAACCGCUUUUCUCCGCUCCUAAUGGCGGUGAGGAUACUCCUUUACGAGCCGAGUGUUCGUGGUGCCCGGAGGGGGUGGCUAGGACCAAGAUUCCUGCUGGGAGUGGUCCCGAAAGGCUAAUGGAGUACGUUCUAGAACAGAAGAAGAGGUUGUCUGCCAUGCAUCAAGAUGAGCUGAAGCGCAUUUGCAGCAAGGAAAGCCUUCUGUACUGUAUUAAAGGCCCAUCUAUCGAUCGGAUCGUUGCGGCCAGGACCAAGCUGGCGUACGAGGGUUUCAUUUUUUCACCGGCCACGUCGGCUCCGGGUUCACCCGAGGUGGAUCUGGCGGAUUGACUACGAAGAUACUCCAUUUUUAAGCUUUGGGAUAACCUGCUAUCAUUGAUGAGCCAGGGGAUUGUUGCUUUCAAAGAAACUUUUCCUCCUCAUUUGUGGAUCUCUAUCGAUAAGUGUGUAUCUCUAUGUUUUGUCUCUCUGGUGCUUCUUGGGGAGAUUCGAUGGGCUUCUAAAUUCGAGCAAAUGCUCUGUUCGAUGGAUUGGAGCGAGUGGGAUUCAGAUCGUACGACAUGGCGAUCGUUCCCCUGUGGCGGUUGAAGGAUACUCUAGCGUGCUUGCGACUGGGUUCUCGCUCCGUCCGUGGAUUCUUCGUCAGUCGUUGCUUCCUCUUUGUAUUCGUAGGACUAAUGGGCGUGAGAAGCUCGAUGGGGCAGGGAUUGCUGAAGGAGGGAGUUGGGUAGAGGGUAUAUAAGAUGGCAAGGCAAAGGAUUGGCCAUCUGUGUUACUUCGGGAGUAUAGGAUUCUCCUUUCUUUUCAAACCUCCUGAUGAUACUACGUGCAGGGUAAAUGAAACGCGUAGAGGUGU